AUGCCUUCUGCUACCUCUCCGCCCUUACCAGAAGCGGCUACCACACACCCUGAUAUACCUGCAUUUCCCUCGGCAUCAGUAUUCACCUUCAUUCCGGAUAUCUUCAGUCUCCUCUCACGUCUUCAGAAGUCACAGCAAGCUCGUCAACAUCCCAAUGGGGUAUCCACAUCUCCUCUCGCAGCCGCGCCAACCACUUCACCGGCGUUGACUACGACGACUUCGAACGAAGCCUCACAGCCGCUAGAGCUGAAAGACCUACCCGCCGCACUCUAUCCUCUCAAGCAGAGAAUUCAGAAGGCACGAGAGGCAGUCACAGUCGGCAUGGUUGACGUGGAUCGGUCUAUCGAUGAGCAAGAGAGGGAAAUCCGAGAGUUGGAGGUACGGUGUACUCUUCUGAAGGGAAGGCUGACGUUGGAAGCAGAGCUUGCUCGUCUGGCUGAGUUCAUUGCCGGUCAAGAUCUCGAGCUCGACUUCAACUUCAACUUCCCCAUGACUGGUGACGAUGCCCGUCCCGACUGUCGUCCAUCCCUCGAAGCUGUCACUGCAGACCAGCAGCAAGCCUACGAAGCUACUCCAUUUCCGCUCCACUUUCAUCCCGAUGUUCAACCUCCUGUUCUUGGCUUCGAUCCCAACACCAUCCAAUACAACUUCGAGCCCUUCGAUUGA